AAUUGAACGCGAAAGUCGAAAAAUUUAAAAAAAGUCGUGAGUUUAGGACUAAUAAUGCUUCACUGAUUAAGGUGAAGAUAACAACAAUUUAUUGUUGUAUAAAUUUGAAUAAUGUGCCUACGUUUCGUUCACUUAAAGAAUUAGAGGAUUGUUUGAGUAACCCAGAACCAUACAGAAGAUGGAACGCUCAACGCUUUUAA